GGCCACAACAGUGAGAGGCCCGUGUACCGCAAAAAAAAAAAUUACACAUUUUAAAAAGUUGGCAAACAUAACAAACAUUGUUAUGUUUGUUAUGUCACAAACAUAACAAUGUAUAUAUUACUUAAGUGUCCUACCUCUAUAAUAUUUUUCCUACAUUUUUUGCUGCAUAACCUUUGAUUACUUCUUCAUAUGAUGAUUUUACAAUAUGAUUUUCUAUAGAAACUUGUUUAUUAUUGACAUUUGAGAUGCAUAAAAUGUGAUUUCUUGUGCCAACAUAUGCACCAUUCACAGCUGUUCUGGUUGGUUCCCUAUAAUCGCUGGAAUUCUGAUAAAUUCUACUUCACAAAAUUUAUACCAAAAAAAGAAAAAAAAGCUUAGAAUGUUUAUAACUGUGUCACUGCAUUAUCAAACAUAUUCCUGACAAAGACAAAACUUCAAUUUUAAUCAGGCAUCAAUGAGAACAGAAUCUACCUCUUACAGUUUAACAUGCCUGAUAAAAGGAAGAAUUUUCUACAGACCGGUUUUUGUCUCCAUACUUUUCAAAUCUUGCUCUUCCUCCCCUGUACAUAUACUUCUGCUGCCGGGCACUGUAGGGAGUAUCCAUAUCACCACAGCAGCACUUCUGUCCCAAUAUCCUCAUACCAUGAUACAGGUGAAUGGAUGACAUAACUGGAAGGAGAACUCCUCCUGGAAGCCAUUGCUAGCAGAAUGGCUAGCAAGAAUUUACCUAUUCCCAGGGGUGACUGUGAACCACAUAAACCUAUCACAUUAACCCAAACUAAGUAUAUCCCAACUCAGCUUCCCCUUAGUCACAUUCCAAAAGAAACUGCAGCCAUUCCAUGGCACCCAACAAGAAAAGGGUGACAGAGGGGGUCAGAGAGGUGGAGACAGAGGCCCUCUCCAAUUGCAGCUAAAAUAUCUUGCUUUCACAAACUUAACAAAAAACAUACUAGCCCGUGAACACACUGCUUGGAUCCCUCCCAAAGGCUCUGACACUUAAGCUUCCAUAAAUCCACACUGGUGAUGAGUAGUCCUAAGUAAAAUCCCUUACUUGAAGGAAAGCUGCAUGAAUCUCUCUCUUCACUGCCACCAGCAGGAACAGACAUAAGUGACUGGAAGGUGUAUAAAGAGCAAGACUUAAGACACCAGUUAAGUCUGAGAAAUAAACUGAAAGCAAGAGAUAAUGGCAGGCCCCCAAAAAUGAUGGGAAUCAAUAAAUAAGGUGACCGGUCAAUUCCUAAGGAAAUACAAACAAAAGAAGAGGAGAAAGAAAUGUGGGCGAAAUGUGCAUGGACAGGACCUGAUGAGGGGAGCCUUGUGUGCAGGUGGGCGGAGUCUAGUGAUGGGGGUGCCUAACAGUUGAGGGCGGGGCUAAAGACUAGGGUGGCCUAACUGAUAGAUGAGUGGAGCCUAAAGACCAGGGCCAUGGGCACACAAAAUGUGAGUGAGGCCCAUAUAGAAGGGAUCUGCCCAGCAGAUAAUGAGCAGUGUCUAAAGGUGAGUAGGAGUUUGGAAAUAAGAUGCAUGGGGCCCAGAGAUGGAGAGGCCAGGGCUACCUGGGCCAGGCCCCCUUUCCUCCCAGCACCAGAGGUGGGUCUAGAAGUGGGAGGGUACCCCACUGAGCAUCUCCAUGUUCUUCCUUCCCCCGAUCAGUUAGAGAAGGCAGCCAUAAAGAUUCAGUCAUGGUGGCGUGGCAACAUGGUACGCUGGACGUUACUGCAUGCAGCACUCAGGGCCUGGGUCAUCCAGUGCUGGUGGAGGUCGAUGCAGGCCAAGAUGCUGGAGCAAAGACGGCGCCUGGCACUAAGACUCUACACCUGCCAGGAGUGGGCAGUGGUGAAGGUGCUGGCACAGGUUCGAAUGUGGCAAGCCCGCAGACGGUUUCUCCAGGUGUACCAAGCGGCCUGCAUCAUCCAGUCUCACUGGCGCUGGCAUGCCAGCCAAACCCGAGGCCUGAUCCAGGGCCGCUAUGAGGUUAGAGCCAGCCAGCUGGAGCUCGACAUCGAAAUCCUCAUGACCUAGGGUGCUGGCAGAGCCAAGGAGACUGGAUCUCUCUUCCAAUAAAGACAUUUACUGACCAUGGUCUUGCCCUCUGGAAAUCAGACCCAUAGAUGAGGGAUCGGCCCUUUACCUUCCUGCCUUCCACCCAAAGAAAAGAUUUCCUGGCAUCAUCUUAAUGCCCAUGCCAGGGCAACUCACACUAGGCCCUUGCUCCUAAUGCAAACCUGACCAAUCCUGUGCCCAAAAGAAACCUCAGGGCCCAGGUCAGUCUCUGACACCUCAGCCAGCCUGAUCAGAGCUCCCUCCACAAGUUGGGGUAGGCAUUGGGCUUUAUUUUUCUGCAGCCCCUGCCCAGCCAUCUCCAUUCAGGGUAGGACUGGCUGCAGUCAGAGCCAGCUGGGAAGGCCAGGAUUCCACAGGUCUGUGAUUGGCAGGGCCCUCAGGGCCAGCACAGAGCUUAGCAGGGAGCCAGGAGGACAGGGUACCCCAGCUGAGCAACAGCAGGACAGGCACUGUGCCUCAAUGGGGGAUGGCCAGCCAAAGCCAGCCCCUGGGGAAGGCCAGCACAGGAGCUGAGAUGCUGCAGCUGUGCCUGCUGCCUCCCUCCCCAGGGGCUGAGAGACAAGGCUUCCCUUCCCUGUGCUGGCCACUUCCGAGGAGAACCACGCAUGGGGUUGAGGAGGGGAGAGAGCGCCUGGGGAUUGGAGUGGGUAAACAAGCAGAGGAGGAUUAGGGGUGGGCAGGGGUGGAUGGCUGUCCCUCUGCCAUUGGAGGUCAUUAGCUUGGGGACGCAGCCUCUAAAUCCUACCACAUCCUCAGAAGCAGCUGUGCCAGCCUCCCCUCAAGAUUCCCUCUCUUCCCCAACCCUCCCACAAACUACCACACCCUCUGCUGGGCCUGCCUCGAGUAGGUACUGAUGGAACUCUGCUUUGCUGAGUCUCUCAUUAUCUCUUGGCAUUUAUGUCUCAACCAUCUCUGAACAUGAUCUCUCAUUCUCUGCUUUGUCAUUCAUGCCCAAGAUCCCUCACUCUCACCCUGUGUCAGAUAUGAUGUUUGUCUGAACCUGCAUCCCAGAAGUCUGAGGUCCAUGGCCCUCCCCAGAAUUUUGCGAUGGGUGGCCUUGCAAGGGAUGGGAAGACCAGCUGGGGAGGUGUACAGAGGUCAGAGGUCUUCAUGGGCCUUGCAACUGGGUAAGGUUUUCCCUCACCACAGGGCCCAUUGUGUGUGUGUGUGUGUGUUUGGGAUUCAGGGCAGGGUGUCCCUAGAAGCGCUGUGACAGAUGUGAGGAUUCAGGGUUCAGUUCAAUAUCCAUCACCUCCAGUAGCUGAAGGUGACAAUGAUGCAGCUAGGUUCCUCACUCUUCCAAGGGAUCCCUUUUAGGAGCUUUGGACACAGCUCUCUCCUCCCAUACUGGCAACAGUGAGUGGCAGGAAACUGGUUAGGUCUGCAAACUGAACAUGACAGGAAUUCUGUGUGACUAGCCCAUUAGGCGCCCACCCCUGCAGUGAGAGGUGUUUAAAACCUGUGCUGGCAAGAAUUUAACUCUCUGAUUCACAACCUACAUUGGGCAUUGGAAUACCCUAAAACACACACAAAAAAAUACUGAUGCCUGGGCCCACCCAGAGAUUCUGCUUUAAUUGGCUGGGAAGUGGCCUAGGCACUGAAGUUCAAUGUGCAGCCACAAUUUGAAAACCGCUGAGUUAAGUCCUUCCCAGCCUGGGUCAUAUGCCCGCCAAUCAGCCUGUGGGGUCCCACCUGGGAACAGUCGUGCAGAAUUCCAAGCUGAACACUCAGUGGGCUCAAGGUAAUCAAGGCUUUCUGCUCUCUGAUGAGCUAAGAAUGCAAAGUAAAAUGGGGAUCUAGAGGCAGAGCUGCUUUGGGUCAAAAACCUUUGGAAGCAGGAAGAUGCAGCCCCUCCUGAGAGCUGGGGCCUGAGAUGGGGAGAGGCUGUUGGGGGAAAGUAGGCUGGGCCUCUUGUCCCAGGUAGAGGGGAUCCCAGGAAGAUGGCACCACACAGGUGUGAACAAUGGAGACUCUGGGGCAGCCCAAGAAAGCCAAGUUUCAUCCAAAGUCUUCACCACCACCUGCAAGAGUCCCUUCAAAGAUCAGGGGUCUUGAGGAUCCUUUUGUAGUUCAUAAGUGUGAUGAUUGGGUGUUCACGCGCUUGUGUGACAUGUGCCUCCUUCUAACCUUGUUACGACUGUGGCACAUUACCCGUCUGACAUGA